UCUAAAAACCCAUGUAAUGAUCAAUUUUUUUGGCGAUAUUUUGGAAACAUGGGGAGCUUACCAAAUCUGCACGAGUUGGGGAGAAGCGAUGAUUUCACUGAUUCAGGUCAAGUUGGAUUCAAGCCCGGCCCUGCACUGGGUAGACUGUGUGGAGCAUAUAAUUGCGACCUUAGCAAUGAGGAAAAAUCCAGGAUCUUGCAUAGGUAUUCGGGACAUGCUAAAAUUACCAAAGCUAGAAGUAAUCCACAUGAUUCUCAGAAGGUAGUCCACGACGAAGUUAUGCUGGAACACAUGGCCACAUAUUCUCCUGUAUCCGCACGAUCUCGAUACAACCUCAAUAUGCACAGUGGAGGCCCUAUAAAGCGAAUAGAUUCUUUAGCAAGCUCUAUUGGAGCUACAUCAGUUAGAAGAUUACUAACGGUUGUUCGAGGAGCGGCCAAUAACAGUUCCAUGGGUCGCCCUGCUGGAAUUGCAUACAACCGCCGUGUUCUAAUCUCCAACUUAGUGAUAAUGUGCUUUUGCCACUUGUUGUCCACCGCUGCGUUUCUACCCUUUCUGUCUCUUCAGAGCAGUGUUUCGGUGUGGGCACAAUCGUUGACCAACACGGGAUUCGAAUUCAAUUCUGGAUCUUGGCUCAGCUCUGAAAUAUUCCUGGUUGCAGCUGGAUCAGCUUUAAUUGCACCAUGUUUUGUUAAAAUAUUGGGUACCAAUAUUGUGGCCGCUAUAUGUUACGCUGGGAUGGUUGUAUUUUACGCAGCUCAUAUAUACCCGGUAAUUUACGUGACAAUACCUACGAGUCUCCUUUUGGGAAUUCUGCUCGGUCUUAUGUCAAGUGCCCACAUUUCGUUCCUCAUGAUCCUCACGCAUCGAAUAGCAGGACUAUUCCAUGAGGAUGGUGAGGAUGGAAGGUAUUCUCGCAGAAUUUGUAUAAUUAGGAGGAUCGCUCGCGCUUUUCAGGGUGCUCAUGACUUCGGAUUAAUACUGGGAUCCGUGUGCUCGUUUCUSGUUAUACAUUUUACGAUCAAUAUAGGAAGAGACGCGUCAACUUAUGAGUUCGACAAUGCAACACUAGUGACAAAUGAUUGCACUUCCAAUAGUGUUCUGCGGAACUGUUCAAAUCAAACGUAUCCUGUAACAUCUUCAAGUCCCUACGACUACAGUUCGUUUCUAGACGACAUUUUUGAUCGCGGAGAAGAUGGUCGCUUAUGUGGAGCUCAAGCUUGUCCCAUAUUUUCAUUGGGGAACUCCUCGCUCCACUCAGGCUUCAAAGUUCUUCCCAUAGAGUCUUCCAAGAUACUCAUUGGAGUUUAUGGAGGAGCCUGCGGGCUGGCUUUUUUGCUGGCUUCGUUGGGAUUGGACAGCAUAAGAACAUUGACAUACCAAGAUCCUCUAGAUAGAGGACUGGGUCUUUCGGCUCUCAGAGCGAUUCUAGAUAGUUUUAGAGAUCCAAGACUGCAACUGACUGCUCCACUAGCUGUUUUUAUGGGCCUCGAACAGGCUUUCAUUUAUGCCGACUUUGCCAAGUCGUACGUAGUUUGCACGUUAGGAAUUCAUCGACUCAAUUUAGUAUUUCUAUCGAUGGGACUGCUCCAAUCAGUUGCAGCCUGCACAUUAAGUAUGCUAUUGAGGACAAUCAGACGAUACUAUGUGGUUGCUGUAGGAUUUGCUUUUCAAAUUUGCCUGAUAAUGGUGUUGGUGCUAUGGAAACCCAUAGAAGACGAUCCCGCAUUGUUCUAUGUGAUAUCGGCAGCUUGGGGUGUAUGCCAUGCCAUUUGGGAAAUGAUCAGUUUCACUUUAUUAACAGGUCAGUAUUUGGACCAUUGGGAGGCAGCAUUUGCCAAUCGAGCAUUCUUCAAGUUUAUAGGAUUGUCCAUAGCUUUUCUACUCCAUAGUUUUCUAUGUAAUUAUAUGAAACUGUAUCUGUUAGCGCUCGUUAUGAUAAUAUCAGUCAUACCAUUCGCGUUAUUGGAGUACCGGCUGGAAAAUAUCAGAAAAAUCAGAAACGUUGCCAGAUUAUGACCGAAAUUGAACCUUUUUUGAUCUACUCGUAGAUAUAUUGCGACGUGCACAUAUCAUGUUCUACGUACUUUACAUCCGUAGAAAUUGUGUGAUUUCAGUUAAUUUACCUGUUUUAUAAUCGACGUAUGUUACCAAUUAGGCAAAGUGAUUGAAUGAGCAAUCGGUGUAUGAUACAGGAUUUAAUUUGUUAUGUUUCUUCCAAAAUCAGCUCAAAGAGAAGAGAUAUAAAAGCGCCAGGCCGACAAUCUUAGGUCUGAUCGUUCACUGCAGAAUUCAAUAACUUAUAGCGCUAGUAAAACGACUACAAAUCGCGUAUUUGAAAUCAAUUCAUAUCAACAAAAAAAAAUUAAAAAUAGACCGAAGUAUAAAAACGUAUUAACAAAAGAAAAGUCAAGAAUAAGCACGAUUGAAAUAAGGAAAAACUUUUUCAUUUUUAGUAAAAUUGCAAAAAAAGUUGAAUGAAACAGAUAAAUGAGCGCCACAUUGUUCGCCUGGGCGAUUAUAUUUUAUAUACCUACAAGAGAAUGAACUAAAUGGGUAACAAGCUUCCAUGUGCUGAGCAAACAAUCUCUCAAACUUUAAUUGAUUUUGAAAGAACCAUACCAGCAAGCGAUUAUUGUUUGGAUUUAAAACAAAAGUUUUACUUAUUAUUCCUAUACUAUACUUACUAGUCUUAUUAAAUUAAGUAGGUACCACUCUGAAACUAACUUAUUAAUCAUUUCGUUUUAAAUGCUAUUUUAAAGUUUCGCCAUGUGAAAAUUACUCUUUGUGACAUACCUUUUGUAAUAUAACUUGUUUCCGAUUAUUCCUUAAUAUUCUUCUUUAACCUCCCUUAAAUGUAUCUGUUAUUGACAAUUAAUAGUUUGGAAAAAUGUAACAUUUACUAUUUUUUAGAUUUUGCUUACGACCUCUUUAAUACUUUCGAAGAUUUAGCUGCAGCCUGCACAUUAGAUUUUUUUUUCAACGUCAAAACUAAAAUUUGCUUCAAUUUAUACGAUCUCCGAUUAUUUCUUCUAUGCUUAUUUGGAAAUUAACAAUAAAAAUAUAUUUGAAACCUUCGGUGCUUGCAUGCAAAAUGAUAAUAAGCGAAUUCUACUUUAAAUAAGCAAAUUAUACAUUUUUUAUUUUCAAAAACGUGAAAGAGAAUGAAUAAUUGUCAUUCUAAAUUUUGUUUUUUGUUUUAUUUACGUUUUCACAAGCAAUUUUUUAGCAAAAAAAGAAGGAGCUUUAUUAAGGCGUUUUUUAAAUCGUUUUUACGAAAAUAUCUCGUAUUUUUAGACCCGACUAUAAGUUCCAAACACUUUUUUCCAUCAAGAUUUUGCUUUUACAAAAAGUUGCAAUUAAAUGUGCAAAUACAUUUAGGAUGUUACGAAUUUAUUGUAUUAGCUUCGUUAUUUUUGCAUAAAUAACGCGUUUUAGAUGAUCUAGAAGCAAGCGAGAUUAUAGAAAGUUAUUAAAAACUUUCUUAAUUUCUACUACUGACGUACUGACCAUUAUUUAAAUAUUACAAAUUACGUUAUUAAAAAAUUUUAGUAUUUUGGGACAAAAUUCCCUAAAAUUAAAGAUAUCAAACAUCUCAUCGACUUUGUUUUGUUGUAUUUCAAUUAUUCCUUAUUAUGUUGUCAUAUAUUGCCAUUUUUAACAAGCUUUCAUUCUUCUGAAACGAAUGAAGUAACACAUUUGCCAGUGGAGUUAUUAUGUAAAAGUUAAACUAAAAUGUAUAUAAAAUUUAGCACCUUUGAGCAAAUCACAUUCUUAAGGACCUUGAACUAAAAAAGUGCAACUACAACUAACAUAAAAACCUUGAUGAAAAUGAGUUAAGAACUUAUAGUUGUUACUAACUAAAAAUUUACAUUUUCAGUUAUUAAUAUUUAAUAUUUAAGAAGCAAAAUGUAUUCAGAAAAUCUCAAAAAUUGUCCUGUAAAAUAUGUCUAAGAAACGUGCACUAAAAAAUGACAAGUUUUCGUAAAAGGAGAACCUUGUUGAAAAUGUGUUUGGAUCUUAUAAUUGUGUCUAAAAAGAGGUGAUAUUUUCUUAAAAAAACACCCUAAUAAAGCUCCUUCUUUCUUCUCUUAAAAAUCGCCUGUGAAACCGUAAUUAAAACAAACAAAAAUUAGACAGACAAUUAUUCAAUAAGUUUUCUGAUUUAUCUUUUUUCAAUAGUACGUUUUGAAACAUAAAUUUAAAAUAUAAUAAAUCGAGUACCAACACGUAUAUUGGCCGCUCGCACCGGCUUCAAAAGAUUUCGGAAGAAUCUACAUCCAAAUUUCAAUAAUUUAUACCUGCUUUGAAUCAAUUUUAUACUAUCUAAUUAUAAUCUGGAUAGGAAUUUUUUUGUUUUUUUUUGUUGCAAAAUCGUUUCAGACUUGCAUGUAUAUGUUUUAAAAAUAUGCAGUACUGGACCUUAGUCCUAUCGAAUUAAUGUAUUUUUUAUAAAUAUUUUUUUUAUAUAAUCUAUACCUAUCCUUAAUUAUUACUAUGUAAGAUUAAUUUGAUAUUGGUAUUGUAGAUAAAAAUUUACAUUUAUGCAAAAUUUGUCUACUUCGUUAGUAUUAUCCUUUUCGGAUCCUACUUGUAAACCAGAUUCAAUUGGUGUGACUAAAGAUGUGGUAAAUAGUAUUAUAACGAUAAAAAUUCAUCAAUGUAUAUUGUUAGGCGUACUUAUCGAUGUAUUGGUAAUGAGCGACAAUUUACUUGAAAGCUGCUUUUGCAUAAAUUUCAAGAAACGUUUUUCAACUUGUUAUGCUUUUCAGUAGAAUCACAUGAGGGCUAACUAUAAUAGGAACAAAUUGAGUUCAUUUUUUUCAAAUAAAGAAUUGAAUUGACCCAAAUUUUACCAGUUCUGAAGCUAUAAGACCACCAGAUUUCCGGUAAAGAAAAAGCUCAAUUUGAUAUUAAAUCGGUUUCGGGUUGUGAGAUUACAGCGCCAUAUAUUUUGUGUAUGUAUAACUAAACAUACCAAUGUUGAAGUGUUAGAUUAAGACUAAACUUAUUAUUGUAUAAACUAUGAUAAAUACGUAGAUGAUUUUUCGCAUCAAAAAAAACAUCUGUGAUGUUGUAAAUAAUAUUUUUAAAUCCUUAAAAGGGUUGUUAUAACACCUUCAAGUGUCUUCGAACAAUCUUGUUGUAUAUUGAAAUAAAAGUGAAUCUUGCA